AAUUCACGCUUUGAAAAAAAUGUUCGACGCUUUCCGUCUCACGAAACAGAAUUUAGGCCCUCGUUUAGUGUCAAACCUCGUCAAAUGGAAAUGAACGCCAUAGAACGGUUGUUUGAAAGGUGUUUUGUUGUUCAUGGCAAGUGAAAGGAUGCACAUAAUUAAUGCGCUGGUGAGAAUGUUAUUUAAAUUAACAGAUGCACAAUAUUUCACUUCGAUAAUUUUUUGCUGUGAUCAGAUUCAUUACCGACAGGUUUUCAUAAAUGGUUUCUAUCGUUUAAAAAUCGCAUAGGAAAUCUAAGGAGUUCGUUAAUACUCGAGUUAUGGAGAGAGGGUUAAACCCAAAGAGGCUAUAAUUCAUAAAUCAAAACAGCAAAGACACAGGCUACAUUGAAACUGUCGAAGCAUGGACAACGACAAGACGUCUCGACAGAAACCCGCAUUGUCCUACAAGAAUCUUCCACAUGUGAUGAUGAAUUCAUUCCACCGGCUUCGAACAGGCUCACAGCGCUGCAUUGAAGCCAUUAUUGCCAUGAUUUCAUCAAUGGUUAACUUCUUCGUGGCAAUUUUCGAAGCAAUAUCCGUCGCUUAUACACAAGUAGGCAUAAUGAUUGUGUCCAUGGUCGACUGGGUUCGACAGAUGUGUUAUUACGACUACAAACAGUCCAUGAUGUGGGUCAUAACUUUACCCAAGCGUUUUUACUCAAAAUGUGAAGAGGAAACCAGAAAACAUGUUUGGACACCGAUUUCCCAAGCGUUUUCACGUAAAGUAAAUCGUAUUUCUAGAGUUUUAAAAGCGAAACUGCGAGAAAGCGAAGUAUAUGUGAGGGGCUUUUGCGAACUCUGUCGAAGGCUGUUUCUUCUCACAAGCGAUUACACUCCAGGCGGAAAGUACACAGUCACAGCGGUCCUCGCGAUCAUCGCCAUAAUCUUCUUUCUCAAAAUUUUGACGGUUAUUCGAUUUUUAUUUCAACUUUUGGAGCUCACUUAUAGUAUUGCUGCAUUCCUGCUGCACCCGUUGUUGCAAACACUACACGACGUUUUGUUAUUAUGUGACCCUUUACUUCAGAUUGUCACCUCCCUCCUGCGUAUCAUUAUCUACGCAGUCUUUGCUAUCUUUAGAGCAGUCGGAAUUUUUAUCUGGCUAAACCUUGUCUCCAUUGCAUCAGGUCUGUACAGGUGUUGGCAGAUCUUUAUUAAUUCUACAGUAGUAAAACUGUUAUGGAGUUUAUUUACAAAAAUGCUUUACGCACUUUUGGAGUAUUUCAUCUUCGUAAUUGUGCCCAUUUUGUCGAAGGCAACAUACUACUUUGCGGAAUUUUCAUUCGACAUAUCUUCGGUUGGUUACACAUGGUGUUAUCCAUGGCUUAUCCGCGGCUAUAUGAAAGAGCAAGUAAAAGGCGAACAAAUUGAUUUUUUCACCCCAACUGGAGUUGGAAGCAGUAUGUUCAUUUUCUUGGCAUUUCUGAUAGCCUAUAGAUAUCGCAAUCGGCUCACUGGAAUAUUUUUCUCAGAAAUUGAUGGGAAGCAAUGUGUCAUACGAUCAUUAGCUGCAUCGAAAGAGGAUCGGAACAAAAGGGAUAAUCAACGGGAAAGAAGGUCUACCUCUCGGAAUACGACAAGUUACGAAGGCUCACGAAGAAAGAUGGCGAACGACGAGUUGAGCCUUCGCAAUCGUGGGAAAGCGAAAAAGGAUGACUCUACGGAGCAUACGUCUGAGAAUGUAACUGAAGGGCACAUCCACCAAAACUCGCAGGCCCACAUCUGUACCGAUUACAUAACUGGGACAUGUCAACAGAGAAGCAUGUGUGACGGCCACCACUGUCCUCUCCCCUAUCAUUGGCAAUAUCGCAUGUCCCUAGAGGGGUGGAGAAGUUUUAGUGAAGAAGACAACAGGAAGAUAGAAGAGUUCUUUUGUGAUCCAGCGAACGACACCAUUACUUCAACAGAGAUAGACAUAGUAGUCAAAUCUUACAGGGAAACAUAUAGAUCGCAAAUCAAAGACACCGUAAAACUUGACUUUGAAAGCAUGAAGAUACAAAAAAGUUAUCAUAGAGCAGACAUGAGAAGACUGACUACAGACUCGUGCAUCAAACAACAAGGCAACAAUCUGGACACUCACUGGCUUUGGUAUAGAAAAGAGGAGAACGGCGACUGGGUCAAAUAUGGAGAAGAGAACGAUUCGGAUGCCAAGCAAGAAGAUCUUGAGACUGCUUUUCUUCGGAAAGACGGAAUUUACAAUUUCACCAGAAAUGGACAAGAAUUUCGUUUACAGUUCUUCAUGAAUCCCAUGUGUGAAAAAUCUUUCAGGCCAUACUCGAAGAAAAUCGUUCGUCGUCGGCCAGAAUUCCGAUCCCCUGAUGACAUCCGAAAGCUAACUAAAGGGAAUGAAGUCCCAAAAUAUUCCUGGUUUAGUCUAAAGAGGGUAUUUUGGUGGCGUUAGACAGUGCUUUGAAAAUGACCAGGCGUGUUUACACCACCCAGUGUGACCCGAAUGUGUUGCUAAGAAACACGAAUCAUUCACACUAGCAACUUGUAAAGUAGAUACGAAAAUACAAGAAAUUGAUUUUCUUGAAAAGAUCCUCGACCUUAAAGUAACAUGCCAAAAUUUGAACAGAGGCUCAGGGAAAAACUACCAAAGACCUAAAAUUUUCAGUUUAGAUUAUUUGAUUAAGUCACAUUUUGGGAGCUUGUUGGGAAAAUUGUACUCAGUACAGCAAAGUUCCCUCACCAGAUGACGUUGAAAUUUUCUCAUUGGUACUGACUACAGGGAGAAAAUUUUCCUUGACAAACGCUCGUGUCUAGCCAGCACAAUACGCGCCAUUUUUUUAAAUUAUUAUUUUUAUUCAGGCGAGCGGGCGCGUGACACUUGUCAGGAACAACUUGCUGGUGAGAGUACGGUUUUACCUUUUAGGCAUGUACAGCAACAGUCAAAAACUGUUGAGAAAUGGUGAUUUUGCAACUCACAGAGGACUUUUUAAAUUUUUUCUUCUGUAUGUGAUAACGUGCUGAAGACAAAUUUAAGUUCGCUUUUUCGGUUGUUACCAAUGCCAAGCCCAUUGGUUUGUUUACUCAAAAACCAAUAAAAUAGGUUGUUUAUGA